CAAGAAGCAAAAGUUACUAUUUGAUCGAUCAGAAGAGGGAAACAAAAAUGAAAACCUGUUCCUUGAUCCUUAUUGCCUUCGUGGCUCUCUCAUGUUCUAGUGUCUUUGCGUUCGACCCUAGCCCACUCCAAGACUUCUGCGUUGCCAUAAACGACACCAAGACCACUGGUGGUGUGUUUGUGAAUGGAAAGUUCUGCAAGGAUCCCAAGCUUGCCUCUGCCAAUGAUUUCUUCUACGGUGGAUUGAAACAAGGAGACACAUCUGGUCCGCUUGGCUCUGCGGUCACUCCUGUUGCUGUUACCGAAAUACCAGGUCUCAAUACAAUGGGCAUAUCCCUAGCUCGUGUAGACUUUGCUCCAAAAGGCUUGAACCCUCCCCACACUCAUCCUCGAGGAACUGAAAUUCUUGUGGUUUUGGAGGGUACUCUUCUAGUGGGUUUUGUUACAUCCAAUCCUGAGAAUCGCCUAUUUACAAAAGUGCUGUACAAGGGAGAUGUGUUCGUAUUUCCAAUUGGAUUGAUUCACUUCCAACUCAAUGUGGGUAAAACAAAUGCUGUUGCCAUUGCCGGUUUGAGCAGUCAGAAUCCUGGAGUUAUCACCGUUGCCAAUGCCGUGUUCAAAUCAAACCCACCCAUUUCUGAUGAAAUUCUCUCCAAGGCCUUUCAAGUGGACAAGAACAUAAUUGAUGCUAUUCAAAAAGCAUUAUAGAUAGAAAAUAAUUAAGAAAAAGCACUAGCUAGCUAGUCAUUCACAUUUUAUAUAUUAAUUUUAUUGAUUUGAUCAUUUGUAAUAUUUGUUUUUGGGUUUGCCUGUUAUAAUAAUGUAGGUUUGUAUCUCAUUUUUAAUGAUGUUUAAAUAAAAUAAGCGAUGUAUACGCACGUUAAUGA